CUUAUUUUGGAAAAACUUGCCAUUUUUUUUGCUCUGUCGUUAUAAUCCAAUCAGAGCGCACAAGCCAUGAAGCGAAGAAUCCAGUUUUUCUCUCGUUGAAAUAUUACUAAGAUGGAAAGCUUUAAAGCAAGGUUCGUCAAGUCUGAACUAUCGUCAAAACGAAGCUUUGCAAUUAUCAGUAGGGAACUUAAAAUGUUUUGUACAGAAUUGUACAUGUUAAAAUGCUGUGUUAUUUUCGUAUAUAAGCAUAUACGAAAAGCAGAUCUUGAAGGCUGGCUUUCACAUGGUGCUUGCGCGCCACAAAAGAGAAAUUCAGCGACAGAUAAAUUUGUUUGUUUUUGAAGCCAAAAAAGCAACUGAGGAGAUCAAAUUAACUAUUUUUGAAUUUGUCCCCCGAUCCCACAUCGCGAUUAUGUUGUUUCUACAGCUUUUCGCAAAUCGUUCCAUUUGGCAUUAACUUCAUCAGAAUAGACCUUAUAGAAAUCGUACUGAUUACCGCGGUGUUCAUUGUCUAGUUCCAUCAGUCCAAUAUAUCACUAGAUUUCAAGGUUUAUAAAUAUAUCAUAUGCUGCGGUAGCGUGGGUGAAAGGAGUUCAACGUCGCUCAGAAGACGAUGUACAGUCGAUUCUCGUCAACCGGCUUUGCGACUACGCGAACCGUACCCUGGUUCCAGAUCCUCGAACGUCUCUCUAUUUAGUGGCCAGCGAGCUUGAGGCGUUGGUGUUGAUAUGUUUGUAGCCUAACAAGGGGAGGCCUGGCUGCAUGUUUAUUAAAUCUGUAAUAAGUCAGUUAAUUACCUCGAGCCUUCGGCAAUAAGCUUAUACAUCGCUCGGCCUGCGGCCUCGGGACUGGAACCAAGGUAAUAUUACCGCGUCUGGACUGGAACCAAGGUAAUAUUACCGCGUCUUAGCCUGGAGUUAUGCGGUGGCUAAUAUAUGCAGUUAGGCGCUUCAGUGGUUUUUACCCAUGCUUACAUGCGGGCGGGCUUGUCGCGUAGUCGCAAAAGCCGGUUGACGACAGACAACCUUUUGUCAUUGGACUCUAUAGCUCCUAUACACUCCUACUCCCUUGCUACUCAAAUAAGGUAAGCGAACAAUUGAAAAAAAUAAAGUAUAUUAAACGAAAGUAGAUCAGCUACUAACUUGCCAUAACUAGUUGAAUGCAUUUACGAAAAACUACCGAAGAAAAUAUAUAGGCAUGAAAAUACAAGUGGAUGAGUAUAUUUGUUGUUUGUUCUCGGUGCAAAAAAUGUAGACAUUUGUAGAAAAUGUUCCCAUCUCUUUAAAACCAAUCCAUGCAUUUUGCAUCAGCACUAAACAAAAUAUUGUGUUUUCUAGUAAGCCGUGAAAAGUGAUAGCACUUAGAUCUUAUGGUCUUCUUGCCAUCACUUGUAAAAUACUACUAUGUUGACGCAUUCAGCCUUAAUUCUCUAUAUAGCUGGAAUAAUAUUAUGAAAAUUGAACAAACAUGGGAGACAUUUUAACUACUUUUUUAGAAAUAAUCAGUGGUUUUUCUUUACGCUCCUUAAAGUAAUUCAAGAAAUUAAUGUCAUGCUGAAUUAUUUACCGUGGCUUGGUGUUUUGAUGAGGAAAGGCUCGAGUACUCUUAAAGUAGUAGUCUGUGUUUUUACCAAUAGAUUUUAAUCUCUCUGGCAGUCUACUACGACUGCUGCGGUAGCGAAAUGUUUCAUUAUAUCAAUUCGUCACCAGUCAACCAGAAGUGUCGUUUAAAGACUCAAAUGAUCUUUCCAUUUAUCGCAUCACGUUAUAAGAAGUAGUAUCAAUCAGUUUGCAUCUCUGAUUGGCUCUUGCAUAUCCUGCGGCAUUGCAUUGAUGGCGAAACGUUGGCUAGACGCUGGCCUAGCAAUGCUGGCGCAGUUUGGCUGGUGCUGGCGAAAUUUUGAUUGAGUUCAAACUCUUGGUCAGCACUUCGCCAGCAUCGCCUUUGUCUCGUUGUCAACCUAGUAAAUCACAGCUUUGCUGGCACGGUCUCCACACGAACCCAACAAUGCUGAGCGCAUUUGCAUCGCCUAAAUGAAAUAGCUCGCGUCCAAAUAAUGCUGUCAUUUCAAGGAGAAAAAAAAUGUUAUCACAUCUAUAAUGAAAACGUCGCAAUUUUUUUGGUUGAGAAACCGAUAUAUUACUGAAAUGUAUCAUGCAGAACACAACCCAUCGUACUAGUUUCUAAUCAUCAGAUUAGGAUAGUGGAAAGGGUCGUCGACCGGCUCUCGUAGAAUGCGUCUUGACGGGCGAAUAGGCGAAUAUAUAACGAAAUAUUGCGAAUAAUAUAUCAUUUUAAAGCUGAAUAAAUGUAGAAUACUAUCAUGUAUUUACAUUUAGUGAUUUGUUUAUACGGUAUGAAGCGCGCCCCGAAAACUGACAAAACAAGUGGUGUUUACAAAUCGAGUUAUAGUACCACAGGUUUACCACGUGAAACCGGCUCAAACGCAGAAUAUCAAUCAGCACAUAACAAACACCAAAAUCGUGUCUGCGAAUUUUGAUUGGUUGUUUUGUUCGAAAGGAAAUGGUUUUUAAAGUAGUAAGACGUUCUGCUACCCGAUCUUCGUUACAUAACAGUUUAUAAUUUGGCAAAAGAAAGGACUCUCGAAAAUCGCAGACACGAUAUUAAUCUCAAGUUAUCGACUAAAACAAUGUUUCAAACAUGAACUCUUUACGAUAAAUUGUGUUGUGCCAGCUUCUUAAAGCACGCAGAUUGGAGCAAAACUCAUAGCAGAGAUAUUCGCCGCUAAAGCUAAGUAAGCAUAAGAGGAUUAAGAGGCAAUCUGUCACUACCCUCUUCACCAUUAACACAAGCGCCGACAAGCUCCCCGCUGGUGGGAUACGGCUCCCUAUUUUUCACGGGGAGCUCGUAAUAUGAGCACUGAGAACUCUUCGUGCCUGCGUUGUAGCUCAUCACAAAUCGCAACCAGUAAGAAGCUAUGGCAAAGACAUAAAAUGCGUCAAAGAGAGUGAGCAAAAAAGAAAGCGUGAAACCUCGAUUUAAUAAGUAAAGGCAAGCCACUAAGGCUAAGGCCACUAAACAAACGUGGUGCUGCAACUCCCCAAGUUAUCGAAAAUGCUCUUGCUUCUUUGGAUCCACGAGAUAAAUGAUAUCACCCUGGCUUCCAGAGGCUGAAUAUCCGCUUUUCCCGUAUGCUAGGGGCGCUUCGCUCGAAAAACUCUCGGAGCCUCUGGUUUUCAGGGUAAAAUGAUAUUCGCUUCAUUUAAAAAUCUUUCAAUACGUGAACGAUCCAUUUUUGUCCAGAUAUGAUGGUUGAUAGCCACGGAUUUCGGUUAGAUUUCGCUUUAGGUUUUACCACGUUUAAGUUCGGAAAAGUCGAUGGAGUCACAGUAUAAUAAUAAAUGCUUAUAGGAAUUAUAGUUUGAGAAGUACGCGAGAGUGGCGCCGAAAUUAUAAUAACGCUGUGUUGUGUCACCCCAGAUUUGAAAACUCCCGGAUAACGAGCACCAAAUUGGUUGUGGGAAAGGAUUAAAGGAUUUGUGACACCUUUCGUGUUAUGUCUAUAUUCGACGGAAAACGAACUUUUCUUGUAACUCGCGAUUCUUUUGAGAUAAAAAGAAAAUUCUUUUUGGAAAUUGUAGUUUUUUUGUUACCAAAUCAAUUCGAAUUUUUUUUAAAAAAUGGGUCAGAGAGUGCUUCUGACCCUUUCCACUAUCCUUAAAUUCAUUGUCCUCUUGUCACUUGUUGAAUGGCGACCCUACAACGAUACCGUAGACCCAAAUGGCUUUAUUUCGGCUGAAUUUUUUUUAUUAUGCCAUUCGAUGGCAAUAGGCACACUCUAGCUAGAUGUUAGCAAAAUAAUACAACCAAAAUCUUAAAAACUCCGCCAGAUAUUCAAGAAAAACCGAAUUCGAACGAGUGUAGCGUUAUUCUCGAAGGCGUCAAUAAUCCCAUAAUCCUGUUUACUUAGCUCCCGCGAUCAACAUCCGGGGAACUUAGUUUUACGGCUUUUCCCUCUAAUUAGCAUACAAGCGCGUCAGUACGCUUAUCGACGUUUUAUCAGAGAUUUAUCCGUAUUUAUAUCAACUUUAUAAGCGUUUACUCUAAAUUUUGCUUAGUUGUAAACUACGCCAUGAUUAAGUAAGAAUCCUUGGCUUCCUUCGAAGAGGGAUAAGCGACGAAAAAAGCCCAAAACAUAGAGUUGUCUCCGUUCGCGGUCUUUUAAGUUUUCCGCGCUUUUCUUUUCUUUGGUGCAAGCUCGCUUCGGUCUAGGCAUCUUCCUUCACUUGCACGACUAGCGCAAUGACAUUUGAGCGCCUAAGAGUUUUCCCGCUGCGUGUAGAGCGUGCAAUGCGAUUGGUUGCCAUACGCGGCUCAAUUUGCUCUUCGUCUAUCAUUACUGUCACGCUGCCUCCAAUGUUUACACAACUUGAAUCCCCGAUAUCUCGCAAUCAAAUUUCACCCCAUCUUCCUCUAAAUAUGUGAAUUAAAGGUACACUUCUAACUGCCCGAUUCCUGCGCAACUUGGCAAGCGUCUAGUAUAGAUAUUGUUCUGUCACACCGUGCCGCGGAUAAUCAAUAGCUUUUUUUGCUACUGACUUAAUUAGCGCGUUGUAGCCAAAGAAGCAAAAUUAUUCCACGCCUAACUUUGACCCUUGAUUAUUAAUCAACGAGGCUGUGUGACGUUAAAUGUAGACACGGUUUGUCAGUUCAGUACAUGACGAAAGAUAUAAAACAGAUCCCGGGAGGUUAUGCGCUUUUGGUGUGCAUAAAUAAUUCGCAUGUUUAAAAAUGGUCGAUUUCGCACUUCGGACCAGGCAAAAGCACUCAAAAUUAAGCGCGUAUAAAUAAUGAUUAUUUGAGGAGGAAAGUUAAAUCAUUUAGCUUUAAAUUGAUAUAUAGUUUGUUGGCAUUUGCUUUAAUCCGACGCGAGCGCGAGCGAUUUUUCCGGGACGAUCGGGGUAAUUACCGCUUGGGUCUACGGUAUCCUUAAGAGAAAAAAUAGACCCAAAAUCAACAUGAAUCCAAGGUGGGUUCCUUUUGGAAAACACAAGUAAAAUGGUGAAGUCUUGGGUUGUCUGUGGCCGCGCAGCCUUUUAAUGACGUCAUUUGGUUGAAAUUCCUAGAAACCUCCCCGCUUGGUCAUGAGUUCUCGUCGCCUAUUGGUGAGUUUUGAGUUUUUCGGUACUGUUUUCUAUACUUCAUUUACGAUUUGCAAACUUACGAUUUUCUCCUCAGAUCAAAUGGUUCGUUCUUCUAUUGGUGUUUGGUUUCUUUUAUGUUGCAAGCGUGGUCUACUUUAGCUGCCAACAUUCUUCUCUAAGUACUAAUUACAUAACAUAUGAGAUGCUGCGUUUAUGACUGACAAGUUUUUGGGAAAUCACCGGGAGGGUUUCUUACCUGAGCCGACGGUCUGUCACUUCACUGGACUGCGGAAGGUUUCCCAGAGACAUGCACAAAAGACGUCGGCUAAUAUUUCAUGUAUCCCACAUAAGCCAUCCACGAAGGCUUGCCUUGCUGCGAACGCUAUGUACGGCGGUCCACAAGAGAACCUAACGAGCCGACGAUGUGACGAGAGGCAAUACAAGGCCAUUUGCGCCUUUUCUGCGGUAAAUUGCUCUACUCUGCGCUGCGAUUGGUCUAUUUGUCGCGGUAACGAGGUUUACCUUGGUGUUAUGAGCAAUUCCCUUGGGGUCGUCAUGUGGCGACUCGUGCGUCCGCUGACGGAGAGCGUGGUGAUGGGGUUCAUGAAGAAAACGCGUCGCCAGGGUCACGAGUUCUGUUUUAUCAAGUGUGGUCUGAUUAUGCAGGUGGUGGUACACAAGCCGAAGGUCAGGAUGAGUCGAAAGACAAGGAAUCCCGGCGUCCCUAUGUCUAUGAACAUCAACAUCGUCCUACUUGAUUCCAUCGCAAGACCCCAUUUCUACCGAGUCAUGCGCAAAUCGGUAUCGGCGCUACGAGAUGUCGUAUAUCGCGAGUCGGUAAAUGCGACAGUCCUCGACUUCGAGAUGUUCCAAGCCGUAGGUCAACACACGUUUGAGAAUUUGCGGCCACUAUUCUCGGGUAGGACAGCAAACCACUCAGCAGACAGCCUUGGUAUCCAAGUGCUUUUCUCUCACUUCUUUGAGCGUGGUUAUCAGACGUUGUUCCAGGAAGACUUAUGCUGGUUUGACGAGUGGGGGACUCAUCUCACAAAUCUACGAAGUCGUCCCGACAUGCCCCGUACAUCGGCAGCUUAUCGGAAAAGAUGGAGGGCGUUUCAGGAGUUAGUGAACACGUAUAAUAUCGACAACUACGGACUCACACACUUCUCGUGUGAAGUCUUAAAUCAAUACGGCUACACAAACCCGUACGACAGACCGGGAAAGAUCUGCUUGAACGGAAGAUUCAUCAGCAGUUACUUCCUCCAGUACAUCAAGUCAAUACUCUCUAGGAUACGCUCAAAUAAGAAAGCGCUACCUCUUCUAAGCUACUUGCAUCUAAACACUGGACACAAUGACUGGGGAACGAGAAUACGUAACGUGGAUUCGGCGCUCGCGAGAUUCAUAUCGACCAUGUCUCGGGAUGAUGGUACUCUGAGUAUCAUAAUGUCCGAUCAUGGACACACGCGAACGCCGUAUGCGCGGACCUCAGAGGGCAUGCGCGAACUGUAUAACCCAUUCCUUUUUAUGAUCGUCCCACAUGGAGUAGCAGCUGCGCUUGGAAAAUCUGUUGUUGCAGCGCUUGUACAGAACCAACGGCGGCUCUUCACAACGCUUGACCUUCAUCACAUGUUGAAAUCAAUUCACGGAAAUUCCAAGCCCCAUAAACCUGCAGGUCUAUUAGCAUUGUUGCCAAGCAACAGGACAUGUGCUGAUCUUCCCAUAAUGCCUCUCGCGCAGUGUAGAUGCGAGGUCGCUAUAGAGAGUUUCGAGGAUGGCUCGCCUAAGCAUGUGUGGCUGGCGGAGUUUGCGCUUGGAUGGCUUAACAAUCUGAUCCACAAACAGUAUGUUAGUGAAAAAAAGCCAGGACCAAGCUCUUUCGGAAUGUUGGGAUAUGGAAGAUGCUCUCACCUGAUUGGCCAAUCCUUCACCAACGUCAGAGAACGCCAUUCAGGAAACUACGUAUACGCGUCAAUCGACAUUCACGUGUCCACCGAGCAUGCGCGUAAUGGUAUCUUCCAAGUGGCCCUUAAACGGACAACAAACGGAGAAAGCCUGGAACUAGUUUCGUGGAAUCGCCAUUCGCUGUACAACCCUUUUAAAACUUGCAAAGAUCGGCAAGUAGAUGUGCAGCUCUGUAUUUGUAAUACGAAAAAGCUAAACAAUACCAAUAGCGCCAGGGCCCUGAAUACGUUGAUCCCUAAGACUGUAUUUGGAGUGGCGCCAGUCUUAGAAACGCUGUACUCAAACUGUUUGUUUCUUGUCAGAAGGGAUCACUGUGGAAUUUCUACCGCGUAUGAACUAGCGAAUUCCUGUCAUGGCAGAAGUUUCAUGGUUGAUGUGAGUGGUUCGUCACUUGAUGACGUCAUAGUGUCCAGGGGCUUGCCUUUUGUGAGCACUGUUCAGUAUAGAACUGUGUCAUUCUUGUUUUCGGUUAUAAGGAAGGUAUAUGAUGGACGCUCGUUUCAGCCGAGAAUUGUAGUGACAGUGCUAUGACCUGAUGACGGAAUAAAUUUAUUUUGCCAAAAAAGGACUUUCUUUUAGGUUUUUAGCUGAAUCCCUAAAUGAUUCUCCAU